CCACAGCGGAGAGCCAAGAAGAUUACCGGCGCGAGGAAGGUGAGCGAGAGAAGGCAGGAGAGGGAAAAGAAGACGCUACUUCUGACUAGUAGAAGUAGGGGACUUUGCGUCUGAAACAUUAGGGGAAAAGAAUACUGCACUGGCUGCUGAAUCAUAGACUAACAUGCCAGCAUAUGAAUGAAACCAGAACUAUGAAAGCGCGUGGACAUUUGAGCUUUACCUUUCAUAGAGAGACAAAUAGGUGACUGAUCGUAUAGGAUUACAAUAGUCGCACCCAGACUAUUAUAGUUAUUAGGCAGAAAAAGGGGACCGUCCGAAAGUCAUGGAGUAUAGAGUAGAAAUAAAAAAUUAGCUAGCGUCAAAAGAUUAAAGAAGACGGUCAAAAAGAAAUUGCUUGGAGCAGCUGGAACCUGUUAAAGAAUGGAUUUUAGCUCUAUUCGGAAGUUCAUCACCAGAUGGUGUGCUGGAGAGGAGAACUGGGUGGACACCAGGACGGUGUACAUCGGAAACAAGGAGCCCCCACCGGGAGCGGAGGCCUACAUUCCCCAGAGAUACCCCGACAACCGCAUCAUCUCCUCCAAGUACACCUUCUGGAAUUUUGUUCCGAAGAAUUUGUUUGAGCAGUUUAGAAGAAUUGCCAAUUUCUACUUCCUCAUCAUAUUUCUUGUCCAGUUGAUAAUUGACACUCCCACCAGUCCCAUCACCAGCGGACUACCUCUCUUCUUUGUCAUCACUGUCACGGCCAUCAAACAGGGCUAUGAGGACUGGCUCAGGCACAAAGCAGACAAUGCUAUUAACCAGUGUCCUGUGCACGAGGUGCAGCAUGGGAAGGUGAUCAGGAAACAGAGUCGUAAGCUGAGGGUGGGUGAUGUGGUGCUGAUCAAGGAAGAUGAGACGUUCCCCUGUGACCUCAUCCUUCUCUCCACCAGUAGGGAGGACGGGACCUGUUUUGUCACUACAGCCAGUCUGGACGGGGAGUCCAGUCACAAGACCUACUAUGCUGUGCAGGACACUAAGGCCUUCAUCACAGAGGAGGAUUUCGAUACUCUACAGGCUUCUAUUGAAUGUGAACAACCACAACCAGACCUCUACAAAUUUGUGGGCCGAAUCAAUAUUUAUUCGGACAGAAACGAGCCCAUCGCGAGGCCUUUGGGAUCUGAGAACCUACUUCUCAGAGGGGCGACACUGAAAAACACACAGCACAUAUAUGCUGUUGCCAUCUACACUGGUAUGGAGACCAAGAUGGCGCUCAACUACCAGUCCAAGUCCCAGAAACGCUCUGCAGUGGAGAAGUCAAUGAAUGCGUAUCUGAUAGUGUACCUGUGCAUCCUGAUCAGCAAGGCUCUGAUCAACACAGUGCUGAAGUAUGUGUGGCAGGCUGACCCAGACAAAGACGAGCCCUUCUACAACCAGAAGACUGACACAGAGAGGCAACGCCAUAUAUUGAUCCGGGCGUUCACAGACUUCCUGGCCUUCAUGGUGUUGUUUAAUUACAUCAUCCCUGUGUCCAUGUACGUUACCGUGGAGAUGCAGAAGUUCCUGGGGUCCUACUUCAUCAUGUGGGAUGAUGAGAUGUUUGACGAGGAACUGGGAGAGAGGGCUCAGGUUAACACAUCUGACCUCAAUGAAGAACUGGGACAGGUGGAGUAUGUGUUUACAGACAAGACAGGCACCCUGACAGAGAACAACAUGGAGUUUAUAGAGUGCUGUGUGGACGGCUAUGUUUACGUCCCUGAUGCCAUCUGUAAUGGACAGGUCAUGCCAGGGUCAACCAGCAUGGACAUGAUCGACUCUUCACCUGGACCAUGGGGCAAGGAGUCUGAGGAGUUGUUCUUCCGGGCGUUGUGUCUGUGCCACACGGUACAGGUGAAGGAGGAGGAGACAGUGGAUGGCAUCAAGAUUGGUAUCCACCAGAACAAGGCCACCUCCUUCUACAUAUCAUCCUCUCCUGACGAGGUGGCACUGGUGGAGGGCAUGAAGAGGCUUGGCUUCACCUAUCUGCGGCUGAAGGACAGUCACAUGGAGAUUCUUAAUAGGGAGGAUGAGGUCGAGAGGUUUGAGCUGCUGGAGGUAUUGACCUUUGACUCUGUGAGAAGGAGAAUGAGUGUUAUCGUCAGGUCCACCACAGGGGAGUACUACCUGUUCUGUAAAGGGGCCGACUCCUCCAUCUUCCCCAGGGUGAUCUCUGGCAAGGUGGAGCAGGUCAAAGCCAGAGUGGAGCACAACGCUGUGGAGGGCCUACGGACACUGUGCGUGGCGUACAGGAAGUUGAGCGUGGCUCAGUACGAGGAGACGUGUCACCUGCUGAACAGCGCCAAGCUGGCCCUGCAGGACCGAGACAGGAAGCUGGCCGAGGCCUAUGACCUCAUUGAGAAGGACUUCGUACUGCUGGGGGCCACCGCCGUGGAGGACAGGCUCCAGGACAAGGCAGCAGACACCAUCGAGUCUCUCCAGAAGGCUGGGAUGAAGGUGUGGGUGCUGACCGGAGACAAGAUGGAGACGGCGGCGGCUACUUGUUACGCUAGCAAGCUGUUCCGCCGCUCCACACAGAUACUGGAGCUGACCACCAAACGCACCGAGGAACAGAGUCUACAUGACGUUCUGUUUGACCUGAGUAAAACUGUACUCAGGCAGCAUGGUAGCAUGACCAGAGACACCUUCUCAGGUCUGUCUGCUGACUGUGUGGACUACGGUCUGAUCAUCGACGGGGCCACCCUGUCUGCGGUGCUGAAGCCCAGUCAGGAGGACUCCAGUCAGGGGAACUACAAGGAGAUCUUCCUGGAGAUCUGUAGGAACUGCAGCGCUGUGCUCUGCUGCCGCAUGGCUCCCCUCCAAAAGGCACAGAUUGUGAAGCUGAUCAAAUCGUCUCCAGAACACCCCAUCACGCUAGCCAUUGGAGACGGGGCUAAUGAUGUUAGCAUGAUCCUGGAGGCUCACGUGGGCAUCGGCAUCAUGGGUAAAGAGGGUCGCCAGGCAGCGCGGAACAGCGACUACGCCAUCCCGAAGUUCAAACACCUGAAGAAGAUGCUGCUGGUUCACGGACACUACUACUACAUCCGCAUCUCAGAGCUUGUCCAGUACUUCUUCUACAAAAAUGUCGCCUUCAUCUUCCCUCAGUUCCUCUACCAGUUCUUCUGUGGCUUCUCCCAACAGCCGCUGUAUGACACAGCCUAUCUGACACUGUACAAUAUCAGCUUUACCUCUCUACCCAUCCUGCUCUUCAGCCUCAUCGAGCAGCACAUCAACAUGGACAUCCUCAAGAAAGACCCCUCCCUCUACAGGGACAUAGCUAAGAACUCUCUCCUGCGUUGGCCCAUUUUCAUCUACUGGACCUUCCUGGGGGUGUUCGACGCCAUUGUCUUCUUCUUUGGUUCUUACUUCCUGUUCAACAACAGCACCUUCACCAGCAACGGACAGCUAAUGACAACCAACACACAGAUGAUGUUUGGUAACUGGACGUUUGGGACUCUGGUCUUCACUGUGCUGGUGUUCACAGUCACCUUAAAGCUCGCCCUGGACACACACUACUGGACGUGGAUCAACCACUUUGUCAUCUGGGGCUCGCUGCUUUUCUUCGUCAUCUUCUCUCUGCUAUGGGGAGGCAUCAUUUGGCCCUUCCUGAACUACCAGAGGAUGUACUAUGUGUUCAUUCAGAUGUUGUCCAGCGGUCCGGCCUGGCUCAGCAUCAUCCUGCUCAUCGUCACCAGUUUGCUGCCUGACGUGGUCAAGAAGGUCGUCUGCAGGGCCCUGUGGCCCACCACCACAGAACGCAUCCAGCUGUAUGCUGCCUGUGGAUAUAUUCCAGGUCUUCUUCAAAAUGCAGACAAGCUGUAUAACGGCCAGCUAUCGGAGUUCACCCCGCUGGCAUCUCUCCACGCGCCCACGCGCAGGAGGGCCGACCACCAGAACCCCAUUCCCAGAAGGUCUGAACACUUCACCAAAAAACUCAUGUUUACCCACUGGAGGAGCGGGCCCGACUACUGCACUUUCACCCCACUCCUCCGAUUCGCCGGCAACUCCCGUCACUCUGGGGCUGGCUACGCCCAAAAUGGGGCAGGGCCUGAGACCUCGGUGUAGUCUAGAGUGGAGUGUAGUCUGAUUUAGACUGGAAGUCUAGACCAAUAUUUCAGUGUUGAGUGGUCACUGGAACAAUCUGUCCUCUAGACAAUAGAUACCUAAUCUAGACGCGUACAGUUACCAAUGUCAUUGUGAAAAAGCAAACAAACACCAAAUACACACAGAAGGACGAUCCACAUGAUCCACAGUCCUACGGCUGUGUUGUGUUAGCACAAGGAGCUGAGUGAACUGAACAGACUUGGCUCCAGGCAAGCAGUGCCUGUGGAUUGGUGGAAAGGGCCUUGGCUCCACCCAUUAAUGUCUACUGUGGGUCCAACCCCUCAGACCCACCCUGCAGUGUGUGGGUGUGUGCCACUCCCCCGUAUCUGUCUGCCAACUGUCUGUCAGUGAUGAUGUCAUUUGAAGUGUCAUAAAGCAGGGAUGCCCAGUAUGAAUGGAAGAUGUUCAGAGGUAUUGCAUGUGCUUUAACUGACCACACUUUCCUGUUUUUCUUUUCUUUUGUCUUGUCUUUUCCUCUCUUCCUCUCUCUUUCUGUCCUGCUUUCUAUAGAACAAACUGGUGUUGCCUCUGUGCAUAUGUCUUAUCCAGGAACACGCCAUAAGACACUAGUCUUUUCCAGUUCAGUUGUAAGUGGCUGGGCCGUGAUAGUGGUUUAUCUCUGCUGGACUAGAGACAGUUCUGUGUGUGUAGUAUCCCGUGUCAUAGACUGUCCUUGUGUCUACUGUGGAGUGAUGUGAUUAUACCUCCAUUCCCCCUUGUAACCGUCCCAUUUCCUGACAUGGAAGCUGAGGCAUCCUGCCUCACGUAGUGCUAAGGACCCACAGUGGGAAACCAGUAUGCAUGGGAAUCCUUUUCCGCUUUAACAUCUACACAGUGUUUCCUUUGAAAUACACAGUAGUCUGGAACCAAAGGCUCAGAAAAUACUUUUUCAAUGGCUUGCCUUGCUGGUUAUUGCCUUACACUGAGACUGGGUGGGACAGAGGAAGAGAAAUUCUGCCUUACACCACACCAGGAUUGGUGGACAGUAUUAGAUAGGAGAGAGAACCUACUUUGUUUCUGGGCUUUAACGUUGUCCAUGUAGAUAUCUAACAUCUCUCACACUCAGAUCUGAAGCCUUUAAAGAGCAGUGGAUCUCUGUUACAGAAAUACAACAUGUAGAAUGUAGACAUUAUGCUUCGCUGCUUUGCUCUGUCCCUUGGCAUAAAUAAUAUAGAACAUACCCAUAGAAGUCUCACACGAUUUGUGAGAGCCUCAUGAAGGUGUUAUAAGUGUGUUAUAAUUCUCUCUCAAGAGUCUGUCAGGGGUCUUACCAUCUCAUCUGUCACUGUGUGCUCUCUCCCUCCCUCAGAUCAUCUCUGUUUAAUUUUUUCAUGUGUUUUUUUUUUUACCUCUACCGUUUCUCCUCUUGUUCCUUUUGAAGUGAUGCUCGUGUGGAUCUGUCCUCUCGAGCCUCACUACAUCUCCUCCUCCUCACUGCCGCCUCCUCUCAUCCUCCACUCCUCCUCUCAUCCAUUCAUCCAUUCACUCCUUCAUCCGGUCAUGCAUCCCUCCAUCCGUCUCCUAAGAGCACAGUCUGUGUGGUGGGUGUGAGGAGAGAGAGAACGAGAAAGGGAGAUGGAGGGGGGACUGUACCAAAACCAAGGUUUUUCUAGACACAUUUAGCUGCUUGACAGUAUAUGUCUUGUGGUCCUGUGGUGCAUUGUGGGAUCAGUUCAAACCAAGAGGAACAAAAGUAUAUGGAUGUCCCAUAUAUAGAUAAGGAUGUUGUUAUACACUGUGCGCGCGCGCGUGUGUGUGUGUGUGUGCGUGCGUGCGUGCGUCUGUUUCAUUGAAAGCAGCAAUGAUAUUUAAGAUGGCCAUCUGUUAUUAGGUGGUAUUAUGAAUCUUCACUGAAAUGUAAAGACACUGAACAUUACACCACAGUCAGACCUAUAAUACUGGACAUUAUAAUACUGGACAUUACACCACAGUCAGGACUAUAAUACUGGACAUUACACCACAGUCAGGACUAUAAUACUGGACAUUACACCACAGUCAGAACUAUAACACUGGACAUUACACCACAGUCAGGACUAUAAUACUGGACAUUACACCACAGUCAGGACUAUAACACUGGACAUUACACCCCAGUCAGAACUAUAACACUGGACAUUGCUAUGACAAGGUUUACAAAUAAUGAAUGAAUUAGUGAAUGAUUGAUUCAUGAAUGAAUGAUUACAAUGGAUGACUAAAUUAUGAUUGGCCAGCUGUAAGGAAGUGGAUGACUCCAAAAAUGGUGAGAACUAGUGUUUUUAUCAGCACUUCUGUGGUCAUCUGUUAAUUAGUUACAGGAUGAAUGAGACUGGUAUUAGACAGUCAUUUAGGAUUGUUUAUAAUGUUGACUGACUUGUUUGAAUGUUCUGCCUCUGUCAUACCACUGGAUGUAAUGAGCUUCUCUGUGAGUUUAUGAAUCAAACAAGCAUAACUUCUCUUUCUCUGACAGUUCAACACUCUCCAAACUGAAAUAUGACUUCUCUCUCUCUUAAUUGCUUUGAGGUCUAGUCCAGUCGAAACCUAUUCCAUAAAAGCUUGAAAACUUGAAGCAAACUAGGCUAUUAUAGGUUGACUGUGUUGUCUAGAAUUGAUUGUAUUGCGAUUCUUUGUUUGAUAUUCUGUAUAGCAUUUUGUCUCUGUUAGGUUUCCUGUUUGAAAAGGCCUAGAGCUCAACUCAAUAAUCAGUUGGUUUGGAGGAAAAUGUUGGUUUUGUGAGCGACAAACACUCAGAAAGAUGGAGAAAGAGAGAGUAUGUGCAUUUGACUGUUUUAGUCCUGUAGGUGUUGCUGGCUAUGCUUCAGAAUAUUGAAUGUAUAUGAAGCCUACUCCUUAAAGCCUGUCAUUGACAGAUAUCUGUGUUUUAGGAUCUUAGUAAUAUCAGCAAACAAGGAUGGAUGCUAUUGAACAAAACUCUCACGUGUUCAACUGUGAGCUGGCUUGUUGCUGUUAGAAUUAUGUUGGACAAACCACUGCAGUACAUCAGAACGUUUCCAUGAUCCAGAACGGAAAUGAUCACCAAAUACUGACACGUAGUAGGAAUGUAGUGUUUUUCAGGCAGCAACCCUGUUCUGAUCAGAAUGCUCUCAUCCAGGUAUUUUGGUACAUCUUAGAAAAAUCCUGUCUUGUCAUUUUUAUAUUCAGAAGGGGAGACCUCUUCACUCACUCGUUUUUUCUCUUCUGGUUCAAUGAAUGUCUAACUAAGCAGACCAGACCGAGUUGCUGUUGUAUUGGUGUCUAUGGAAACACCCAGUUAAGUAGACCGUAACAUACCAUUUUAUUCAACGGUCAACAGCCUGAGUGAACUAUCUUAAUUAAGCCACCAUCUUUGCAGCUGUCAUGGGGAAGAGAGACAUCACGCAAAUGAAACAAUAUAGCUUUACAAUUCUGCUUUCUGUCAGUUAAUAUACUAAGAUAUCCAAGUACAAUUGUCUCUUCUGUGUUCCUGCACUGACAUAAUACAUGUUUCUCGCAUGAAAUAUGGGUUUGUUUUUUAAAAAUAUACUUUGAAAGCCAUUGACUAUGGGUUAAUGAAUAACUAUAGUAGAUGGUUAUUGUUCUAAUAUAUAACUUUACUGACUUAGUAAGGCUUGAACUUUACAGCCAGCCUUUACAGUUUAACAGAAUGUGUAUUUCUCUUUUACAAUGCAUCGGCACAUAGCGUUAUGACAUCACUCAUAACUUUGACUAUAUUUAAAUCUAUGUAUACUUCUGUACACUCUUUAAGGUAUGUGUGUGUGUGUGUGUGUGUGU